AAAUUGGAACCGAACAAGUUUAAACAUAUCAAUUAAGAAUUGAAGAGUGUUUGAUUACGUCACCGUCGCUAUAUCUAACUGACACCGCUGAUCGAACGGUCAUGGCCCGGUGGGCAGCGUGAUAUCAUAGGAGCGAUUGGCAGAAAAAUAUCCUUUCCCCCUCCCGUAUCGCUAGAUCACGCUAGAUUUAAAUCUGACCUCCAACGGACUAGGCGCUGAUAGCCGGUCUCGCCCGCCGGAGGCACAGGGGUUGAUUGGUCUACUGAUAGAAGCGAGCACGGUGGCGCUAAUCGGGGUGUUUCUUUCGUAUUGUUUACGAUCGUAAGCAUCGAGCUUAUCAGGUAGGUAUCUAUGUAUAACACGCUGUGUUAUUUUUGCGGCUGAUCUUACAUUUCAUUCGACAUGUUCGUGACUUCGGAUGAUCUAGACCUUGGGUGAAGGUCGCACUAGUGAGACGUGUGAUACUUGUUGGUUGUACGUUACGUCUCUUCUCCCUUACUUACUCUGAACAUUCGCCAGUCCAACAGUUUUCGAGAUUCGAUGGUUCUCUAUGGAACUUGAUUUGGUACUAAGUGCAACGUGUUGACUAGACCACGAUCAUGAUUGGGGGACGACAAAAUAUUAAUUUGGUAAUUGGCGCGGUGGUCUUCGCUUGCAUCUUCCUCGCCUAUCUGGGAUCGGGAUCUGUCCGCAAUCAAUUAAGCUCGACUUCGAGUUCGAUAAAAUGGGUCCCAUCAAAGGGAAAGCAUGAGAAAUCAGACGUAUUCAAUAGGACUCUCGGUUUUGAGAAGGUCUUCGUUAUAGGACUUCCUGAACGUUCCGAUAAACGUGAUGCAUUAACUCUAAUGUCAUCGUUGACGGGGUUUCAGCUAAGUUGGGUAGAUGGCGUAGUUGGGAAGACGAUCCCCGAUAAAGCUUUACCCUUCGGGUGGAAUCGAGAGACGAUGCAAGAUAGCAAUCUAGGAUCGUGGCGCGGGCAUAUCAAUGCGAUGCGCCGUAUUGUCGAGGAAGGAAUUUCAUCAGCUCUUAUCAUGGAAGACGACAUGGAUUGGGAUGUCCACAUAAAAGACCUAUUGACGCAAUUCGCCCAAGCCGCACGCGUUCUGCAGAAAAACUUCCACCAAGACCAGAGACUGAAAUCGCCUAGCCCAUACGGCCAAGACUGGGAUAUGUUGUGGCUUGGAUCCUGUGUAACGACGUUUGAUGAAGACCUGCCCGAGCAUCUUCAAAUCCCGUACGAACAACGGGAUGCCCGUAAGAUUCUCAUCCGUAAUGACCCAACAGUGCCGCCGCUCGGUCACAUCCUAGGCAACGGGUCGUUUAGCUGGGAUGACUACCCACCAGAGACGCGCAUUGUAUAUGUCCCUGGAGAUAAUGUGUGUAGUUUUGCGUAUGCGCUGAGCGCCGCUGGCGCACAGAAGGCGCUUCAGCACAUGGGUCUUGAGGGUCAAACGAAGCCCUUCGACAACCAUCUGAGUGAUCUAUGCCGACUGCGCAUCAACGGAAUGCGCUGCAUUAGCAUAGUUCCGAGCCUUUUCGUUCAUCACCGACCUAGAGGGAAGAUCAGUGCUGACUCGGAUAUCAACAACGCCGGAGAAGCGAUGCGAGAGGUCGGGUUCACUGAGAAUGUUCUGUAUAGCACGCGUUUGAAUUUAAGGAAUCUAGUAAGGGGGUUGGAACCGGAAAAGCAAUGGACGGACUAAAUUUCAUAGACACAGGCUGGAGGAUUAAAUAUAUUAAUUUAAAGAAUUUCAUAUAGUGAAA